AUGUCAGGGCCUGGGAUGGGAAACGACCAGCCUGUAACCGAAAGAAGCCACGCUGCUAACGCCGACAGAACCAUUGAAGCUGACGACACUGGCCAAGAGACAUAUAGACCGCUUAAUGAACUCACACCAAACGUUGAAAUUGGCCAGCUGUUGGACAAGGGCCUUCCAACCACGGAAAUCAGUGCAUCUCCUAGAAUGCAAACCGACUAUCCUUCCGAAUCCCACAAUGCCUUCGGUGCCGAGAGCACUCCUGCCCACGAUCACGAUAAACACGUUAGUGAGAUCUUUCCCUUCCAACUCGACAUUGACUACGCCGAGUUCUCGCCGAAGUUUACUAGUAUCUUCUGGGACUCAGCUCUGGCCAGUCUACAUAAACCACCACCACGUAACUCGAGACCUUCUCCGUCAGAUCAUCCGCCUGAGACAGACGCUGUACACCGUUAUAGGACAAGAUUCGACAAGACCGCAUCUCCACAGUCAUCACAUUCUUCUCUCACAAGUAGAUCUCAGACAGGAGCCACUGAAGUUAGAACAAGAAUCUCCACCAAAGAACGGCUCAACGGCCGUGCUCAAGUAUGGGACCAGAGCAUUUGGACGCCUGACUGGGAGUCAAGUCAAAUAUCUGUCGUCGAAACCUUGAAGGCGAUGACUACAUCCUCAAUCGUGGACGAGUCGAUUAUAUCAUCUGACGAAGUAGAGACAUACUGGGGGAUCUAUUUCAGUCGAUAUAAUCAGACACUACCGAUCCUCCACAAAGCAACGUUAUCUCCUACAACCUGCUCCCCAUUACUCUUGACGACCAUCACUGCGAUUGGCGCGAGCUAUGUUUCUACUACACGCGCACAACAGUAUUUUGUGACAGCAUUUGGUGGCGUUUGCAAUCUAUCUUCAGGGAUGAGUUUCAGGUCAACGUCGACGCAUGGUAGAGUGUUACCUCAAGAAGACCGAUUUCCGCAAGAGGACAGUUGGGAUGUGAUAACCGCCCUCAGUCUGACGUAUCACCAUAUUGUUCGAUCUUGCAACCACGGAUUUUUGGGAGAUGUACUCUCCGCUCAAGGUCGUGUGGUGAGUUGGGCAAAGCAUAUGGAGCUCUUGACACCCGAGGUCGGCGAGAGAUCGCCUGGCAAAGACAUCCGGACACAUUCAGUGGGUGUGGAGGAUGUGCGGCAAAUCUUGGAAAGCCAGGAUGCGAUGGCUCUGGAAGAUCGAUGGCUCAAUUGGAGCAUAUGCGAACAGCGGAAAAGAGUCACCUGGGCCAUUAUUGUACUGCACUACAAGUGCUGCUUGCUCUCCAACAGCCCACCGAGGAUCGCUAGCCAUGGAAUCAAUUUGCGGAUCCCUUGCCCCGACAAUCUAUGGGAGGCGCCGAAUCCCUCACAAUGGAAAGCGCUGUUUCCUUUCAUUGCCAACCCGCCACGCGAUCUUCCAGUCCACGGAUUCUUGCGCCAACUACUACAGAACGAGAACUUGGUGAAAGACAGUACAAGGUUCAACCAGAUUAUAGCCGCGUCUAUCCUGGAGAUACUCCUUCAUGACUCAGACAAAGAUGGGUCUUUGGCUUUCGAUGAGGAGGAUAUCGAACCAAGCGAUCCGUUGCAGUUAAGAAUGACUCUAGAAGAGUUGCAGCGUUCGCUGGGUUGA